AUGCUGAUGAGUCAGCUGACGAGCUAGCUUGAAGAGGAAUCGAAUGGAUCAAGGCACGAGUUAUCGCGUAAAGGCAUGAGCGAUUGUUCGAACGCUACUGAUGUUUAGAGAGGGAUCUUUCCAUGACGAGUGAUCCACGAGCGAGCAAUUGCGAUCGUGAAAUUGCUCCUGGAUAUCUCGCGUAUCUGCGACCUUCGCGACUCCCAUGAGUCGCACUCUCGAGCGCGCUCGUCGAACGAUGUGGAUCAGUAGCGAGUAAAAAAGCUGCGCGGGUGGUCGCCGUCGUCGCGUGUGUGUAAAAUGCUCGCCGAAUACCUGCCCUUCACGUUCAAGUAUCUUUACCAUAUACUGAUCGCCGCCAUCGCGUUCGUUUUGUUUAACAAAUUCGUCGAGUGGCCGGCCGCGCGAAGUGGAACACCCGUAUUUGCGUCGGCAUCAGCCGACGAUGAAUCGACGGAUCCGAGUGAAAAAGAAAACGAAGAAUUGUUAGAAGAAGACCAAGUGGAACCCGCCUUGUCAAAAGACCUUAAACAUGUACCGUAUCAGUACGUCAAGCUACCUGAAAAGGAAUCGUUGGCUCGGGCGUCAGAAUUUUAUCGGACAGCUGCUGCGAGGCGGACGUUACGGUUCUUCAGUGCGGAUCCAGUUCCAAAAGAAGUCAUACAUGAGAUCAUAAGGGCUGCAGGUACCGCUCCAAGUGGCGCGCACACGGAACCAUGGACUUUCGUCGUGGUGGCCAAUCAGUCUAUAAAAUCAAAGAUUAGGGAUAUCGUGGAGCAAGAGGAAGAAAUUAAUUAUAAAAAGAGGAUGGGCGUGAAAUGGACGACGGACCUGUCACCGUUAAGAACCAAUUGGAUAAAGGAAUAUCUUACCAUCGCACCGUACUUGAUACUUGUGUUCAAACAAACCUACAGUAUUUUACCAAAUGGCAAGAAGAGAAUCCACUAUUAUCAUGAGAUGAGUGUUUCUAUCGCGUGCGGGAUCCUCAUCACUGCCAUUCAGUACGCCGGUUUGGUGACCCUUACGUCCACACCGUUGAACUGUGGCCCGGCUAUACGCAGUCUUCUCGAACGUCCAGCCAACGAGAAGCUCGUGCUGCUUCUACCAGUCGGUUAUCCAGCCAAGGACGCAACCGUUCCUGAUUUGCAGCGGAAACCUCUGUCCGAAAUUUUGGUUGAAAUCAACUAACAAAAGUGCGCAAUGUAUAUGUAAAUUCGUGACAUGUUACUGCCUUCAUAUAAUAUCAUAAUGUGAAAAUAGAGGAAAAUUCGGGAUAUUAUUAUAACAUAUUUUGUUAAACAUUCAUAUAAAGAAUGGGAGCGUGAUCUGAAAUAAAUAGGUGGCGAACAUU